GCGAAACUUGUCUCGUACUAACUUGGCUACUUCAACUUUUCCUCGAAGGUCAUUGAGAACCUGUGUAAACGAAAAGUAACAGAGGCGAUAACAAGGAGCUCACGUCACAUCACACAUGACAGUGUAAGGGGAUUAACAAGCUGCGACCUUCGGAAUUCUUCAAUGGAUCACACAGGGGGUUCCAAUGGGGAGGUUCCGGUGGCCGUCGAUGAUAAUGCCGCCACCAUCACCGUCGCCAAUAGCCGUUUCAAUAUUGCCCAAUGUUCAUCUUCUUCCUGCAACCAACAGGGUACUAAUAAGUGGGCCACUCUAUUACUUGCUUACAAGUCAUUAGGAGUUGUCUUUGGAGGACUUGUGACUUCUCCACUUUAUGUCUACCCUUCAAUGGCAUUAAAAUCUCCAACAAAAGAUGACUAUUUGGGAAUCUACAGCAUCAUGUUCUGGACUCUUACUUUAAUUGGAGUUGUCAAGUAUGCUUGUAUUGCUUUAAAAGCAGAUGAUCAGGGUGAAGGUGGAACAUUUGCUCUAUAUUCAUUACUUUGCAGACAUAUGAACAUUGGAAGUAUUACUUCAACAACAAUUGUGAAUUCACAAUCAAGUCUUUCAUAUAACAACUUGCAUCAAGGCUUUGAAAAGCCAAGUAGACUUGGGAUGUUUAUUGAGAGGAGUUUAAUUGCAAGAAGGGUUUUGUUUUUCAUUGCAAUACUUGGCAUGUGUAUGUUAAUUGGUGAUGGCAUACUCACCCCUGCCAUUUCAGUGUUAUCAGCAAUGGAUGGGAUCAGGGGUCCUUUUCCAGAAUUCAGCAACUCUCUGGUGGAAGCUUUGUCUGCAUUAGUUCUUGUUGUUUUGUUUUUGGUUCAAAAAUUUGGAACUGGAAGAGUGAGUUUUUUGUUCUCACCUAUCAUGGGUGCAUGGACAUUGACUACUCCUCUUAUUGGAAUUUACAACAUCAUAUAUCAUUACCCUUCUAUUUUCAAGGCAAUAUCACCACAUUACAUCUAUCAAUUCUUCUCAAGGAAUGGCCAUGAGGGAUGGUUGUUGCUUAAUGGUAUGGUCCUUUGCAUAACAGGUUCUGAAGCAUUAUUUGCUGAUCUUGGACAUUUCAAUAGACCAUCCAUUCAGAUUGCUUUUUUAUCAUUGAUAUACCCAUCAUUGAUUCUAACAUAUGCGGGACAAACAGCAUACCUAAUCAAGAACCCAAAUGAUCAUGAAGAUGGAUUUUACAAAUUCAUACCCAAAAAAUUAUAUUGGCCUAUGUUUGUUAUCGCCUCGCUGGCAGCUAUUGUGGCAAGUCAGUCUUUGAUAUCAGCCACCUUUUCUGUUAUCAAACAAUCGGUUGUACUGGAUUAUUUCCCACGCAUCAAAAUCGUGCAUACAUCAUCAAGCAAUGAAGGCCAGGUGUACUCCCCUGAAACAAACUACACUCUCAUGGUUCUUUGUGUUGCAGUCAUACUUAUUUUUGGAGAAGGGAAAGAGAUUGGAAAUGCUUUCGGUGUGGUAAUCAUUCUCGUGAUGCUCAUAACAACUCUCCUACUAAUACUAGUAAUGAUCGUAAUUUGGAAAACACCUCCACUUCUAGUCACUCUCUUCACUUUGAUAUUUUUAACAUUGGAAACAAUCUACACAACCUCCGUUUUCACCAAAAUCAAACAAGGCGGAUGGAUCCCAUUCGCCAUCUCACUAAUCCUCGCUUUCAUAAUGUUCGGUUGGUUCUACGGCCGCCAACGAAAACUCCAAUACGAACUAACUCACAAACUCGAUAUCAACUACUUGAAAACCCUAAUCUCAGACCCGUCUCUCCAACGGGUCCCAGGACUCUGCUUUUUUUACACUAACAUCCAAGACAGGGGUGAAGGGUUCACCCCGGUCUUGGGUCACUACCUUAAAAACAUGAAAUCAAUCCAUCAAGUCAUUGUGUUAACUACUCUUAGGUAUUUAUUGGUCCCGAAAGUGGGACCCGAUAAACGAUAUGUGGUUAAACCGUUAGGGCCGAAAGGGGUUUACGGGUGUUUGAUUCAAUAUGGGUAUGCGGAUUCGGUUAGUUUACAAGGUGAUUUUGUUUCUCAAGUUGUUUGUUUGAUUGAGAAUUUUGAGGGGAGGGAGAUGGGAGAUUUUCGUGAGGCUGUGGUUCAUGUUAGGGGGAAAACGAGGUUUUAUGUUAGUAAGAAGUGUACGAGGUUUGAUAGGUUUAUGCUUGGGUUUUAUGAGUUUAUGCAUAGUAAUUGUAGGUCGGGACUUCCUACUUUAGGUGUGCCACUUCAACAACGUAUUGAGGUCGGUAUGCUUUAUGAGGCAUGAAGGAAUUGACACCAAGUUUUUUUUUUUUUCUUUAAAAAAUUGUUUUUUGGAUAGUUUGUAGAAAUAGAGUCGACCCUCUCGUCAAGAAGUUUUGGGUUUAUAAAAAUUUUUGGUGGAUUUUUUUUGAUCUUAAAGGGUUGAGCCUUGAAUGAUAUGUAAAGUAAAUGUUAUUUUAUCGUUUUGUUUAAAAGCAAUGGUAAUUGGUAAAUAAUAAAUGAUUA